CCCUACGAAAGCCACCAACCCAACAACCCGCCCCCCCAACGGGGACCCGGCUGGCGCGGGCGGACGACGGGGGGGGGGGGUAACAACCCAAAUCCCCCUCCAGCCUCACCCUCCCAUGACAUUGAAUAAGGACGAACGCCCGGACAAGGAGGGGAGGAGACAGGACCAUUACGCCAGACCCCUGAUCCUAACUCACAGACCAACACCGCCUCGGGGGUUGACAUGGACCGCCAGGACGCAAACCAACCAAAACAAACACCGGUCUAGAUAUAGAACAUCAGGACCGCAGGACCUGGCCAAUGUGCAGCCACACUGCACAAACAGCAUUACCGACACGACCACAGUCUAUACCCCUGUGACCCUAAACCACAACCUGAUGCGAUACACCACAAACAGUGACAGAUCUCAUCCCCGGGGAAUCCUGGCCCCUGCUACUAACCCCCGACCAAGCAGUCGAAACUCUGCAGAGGCUAGGAGUGCAAAUGCAGAGAGAACCCACCCCCCUCACACCACCAAGACCUGUACAUCCCAGCAAAACCACCAUCCCCCACAUUCCCACCCCCCUGGGUCCGAUAUGCCAACACCUGGUCUAAGCACACAUUUCCCCGCCCACAAGAACAAGCUACAGCACAAUCCGGACCCAAGUGUCCGCCUCACGCAUCGAGAGGCCAGCGACACACCACUUAGGAAAAACCCAGGGCCCACCUGGCCAUCAGGAGAACUAGCACCACACAACUCGGGAUCACACAACUGGAACCGGAUGGGCGGCACAAACACAGAACCACCGCAGAAUGCAAAUAGCUGA